AUGGACGAUUGUGUCAAGUGUCCAGAAGAUGAGUAUCCAAGCAAUAACCAAGAUCGAUGUCUGCCUAAGAUGCUACAUUUUCUGUCUUAUGAAGAACCUUUAGGAUUUGCUUUGAGUUCCAUUGCUAUGUCUUUUUUCCUCUUCACAGCUUUGGUUCUCACCAUUUUUUUAAAGCACAAAGAUACCCCCAUCGUCAAGGCCAACAACAGAGAGAUCACCUAUGCUCUCCUGGUGUCCCUCUUGCUCUGCUUCCUCUGCUCUAUGCUUUUCCUAGGACAGCCAAGCACGGUGACCUGCCUCCUCCAGCAAUCUGCUUUUGGCAUCAUCUUCAGCGUGGCUGUUUCUUGUGUCUUGGCCAAAACCAUCACUGUGAUUGUAGCUUUCAUGGCCACCAAACCAGGGUCCAGCAUGAGGAAGUGGGUGGGGAAAAGAAUGGCCAACGUGAUUGUGCUUUCUGGCUCCUUCAUUCAAGCAGGUAUUUGUCUUGUGUGGCUAGGGACGUCUCCUCCUUUCCCAAAUUAUGACACUCACUCAAUGGAUGAGGAAAUCAUUUUUGAAUGUAAUGAAGGAUCUGUCCUCAUGUUCUACAUUGUCCUGGGCUACAUGGGACUUCUGUCUCUCAUCAGCUUGACUGUGGCUUUCUUUGCCAGGAAGUUGCCAGACAGCUUCAACGAAGCCAAGUUCAUCACCUUCAGCAUGCUGAUCUUUUGCAGUGUCUGGGUGUCCUUUUUCCCCACCUACCUGAGCACCAAAGGGAAAUUCAUGGUGGCCGUGGAGAUCUUCUCCAUCGUGACUUCCAGUGCAGGGUUACUGGUCUGUAUUUUUUUCCCAAAGUGCUACAUUAUUCUGAUGAAGCCUGAACUGAAUGACAGGGAGCUGCUCAUAAGGAGGAAGAAAUGA